GCGCCGUUUCCACCCGUUGCACAAAAGGCUAUGAGGUGGUUAGAAGACGCGUGCGCGCUUUUUAUUCCCCUCGCUUCCUGCAUUCGUCGUCUAAUCGCCGAGCCGGAGGCGGGUCGGUAGUAGUUCGCUUGCGUAGGAAUAGCGCUCUGCCGUCCCCAUACAUUUCACCAACCACCACCUGGGCCGAGAUCGUUCGCCACCAGGCCUCUGGAUCGUGUGCACAGAUAAUUGCUGGCUUGCUUUUGUUGUAACAUUGAAUCAAUCAGAUCUAUUGUUCUUAUCUGGAUUUCUAUGAUGAUGGGGACUACAGAAAUAGUUCGUCAUGCCAUAUUUGGGGCUGCACCUGCCCAUUCUUUUGCUGGUUUUUUUGCAAACACUCCACAAGUAGAUGUCCACUCGAAAGCUCACGGGAAGUACCGGAGGAGAAGUUCUUCAUUUGCUUCACGAUGUUCCGUAUCAAGGAUGUCGACUAAUUGCUUCAGGGAUUACAGAGUCAGGAACAUCAAUGACCAAUCACGGUCUUUGAAAUGCCAGUGCCAGCGAGUAGACGACGCUGAUGGAAUGACCAGCGGGGAUGCCAAUAGGACGUGGUUCACAGAGUCUGUGAGUCAGGCAAACCAGAUCCUUGGUGAUCUUAAUGGCCAGAAAGUUAUCAGUUUCGAGAAUGGUUCUGUCAUGCCUAACAAUGAAGCAUCCAAUCAUUCGUCAUACAAGACAAGAGGAAACUCUAUUGAGGAUGAAGCAUGGCGUCUUUUACAGGAUUCUGUGGUUUAUUACUGUGGCAGCCCUGUUGGAACAAUUGCCGCAAAGGAUCCAUCUGAUAGCAGUAGCAAUUGCCUAAAUUAUGAUCAGGUGUUUAUUCGUGAUUUCAUACCUUCUGGAAUGGCUUUUCUUUUGAAGGGAGAAUAUGAUAUUGUUCGCAACUUCAUUCUUCACACUCUUCAGCUACAGAGCUGGGAAAAAACAAUGGACUGUCACAGUCCAGGCCAGGGAUUGAUGCCUGCUAGCUUCAAGGUGAGGACAGUUCCACUUGAUGGCGAUGAUUCUGCCACAGAAGAAGUCUUGGAUCCUGAUUUUGGAGAAGCUGCAAUAGGACGUGUAGCACCAGUCGAUUCAGGGUUAUGGUGGAUUAUACUACUACGAGCUUAUGGAAAAUGUUCUGGUGAUCUCUCAGUCCAGGAAAGAAUUGAUGUGCAAACAGGCAUUAAGAUGAUUUUAAAGCUUUGUCUAGCUGACGGCUUUGACAUGUUCCCAACAUUAUUAGUAACAGAUGGUUCAUGCAUGAUAGAUCGACGGAUGGGGAUUCAUGGCCACCCUCUUGAAAUUCAGGCACUGUUCUAUUCAGCACUUUUAAGUGCUCGUGAGAUGCUUGCACCAGAGGAUGGAUCAGCUGACCUUAUUCGAGCAUUGAAUAACAGGCUAAUAGCAUUAUCAUUUCAUACUCAGGAGUAUUAUUGGGUAGACAAGAGAAAACUUAAUGAGAUUUACCGAUACAAACAAGAAGAGUAUUCUUAUGAUGCUGUGAACAAGUUUAACAUCUACCCUGAUCAAAUUUCUCCGUGGCUAGUGGAAUGGAUGCCUGAUAAAGGAGGUUAUUUCAUUGGAAACUUGCAGCCUGCUCACAUGGAUUUCCGAUUCUUUUCUCUAGGAAAUCUGUGGUCUGUAGUAAGCAGUCUGGCAACAACACAUCAAUCACAUGCCAUUUUGGAUCUUAUUGAGGCUAAAUGGUCUGAUUUAGUGGCAGAUAUGCCACUUAAGAUCUGUUAUCCUGCUCUUGAGGGCCAGGAAUGGCGAAUUAUUACUGGAAGUGAUCCCAAAAACACGCCUUGGUCAUACCACAAUGGAGGUUCAUGGCCAACAUUGCUCUGGCAGCUUGCAGUUGCAUGUAUUAAGAUGAACAGGCCAGAAAUUGCUGCAAAAGCCAUUGACGUUGCAGAGAGGCGCCUAGCAACAGACAAGUGGCCUGAAUAUUACGAUACCAAGCGAGCACGAUUUAUUGGGAAACAAGCUCAUCUGUACCAAACUUGGUCGAUUGCAGGUUUCCUGGUGGCAAAGCUGUUGAUUGAAAAACCAGAUGCUGCCAGAAACAUUUGGAAUGACGAGGAUGCAGAGAUUGUUAAUGCCUUGAAUAUCAUGGCUGAUUCCAACCCACGAAGGAAACGAGGCAGGAAAGUCUUAAAGAAAACCUAUAUAGUUUGAGAAGAUGCACAAUUUAUUUUAAUCAUGGAAGAAAGUUGGCUGAACUCAUAGUUAGCAGCUUUGCUGCAGUAGCUUCAUGUAGCAUAUUCGAUGAAAUAGGUAAGGCCCAUCAUUUGUGGCAUACAGAUAGAUCUUAUUAUAUUGUACCAUAUUAAUCCCUUCAUGUUAGCAUUUAUUUUCCCCAUACUUGGGGCAUGGUGGCAUAGGUCGUUAUGAUGUAUGAAUUGUGAUGAUUAUAUAGAAGAUUUAUAUCAUACCAUCAA